AUGUCCCUCAUCGAACCGAAUCAAUCCUUGUUCAAGUCAGUCAAGGACAAGGUGGUCGUCAUCACAGGCGGUGCCCGUGGAAUAGGUCGUUCCGCAGCCCUUGCCUUUCACGGCCAUGGUGCAAAGGUCGUGGUUGGCGAUCUAAACGCGGAAGAGGGCAAGAGCUUGGUUUCACUGCUGGGGGAGAACCUACGUUUCAUCCAGUGCGACGUAUCCAAAUAUGGAGAUCAGCUUGCAUUGUUUCAAGAGGCAGAGCGGUCCUUUGGCCGUGUUGAUAUUGCCAUCGCAAACGCUGCCGUUGGGAGGUUUCCCGAUCCGCUCACAGUGAUCGAGGAUAUCAACGAGGAACCCCCUCUCCCUAAGGUGGAUAUUAACCUUAGGGGUGUCCUCUUUACCAGUCGGAUCGCGGUGCACUACCUGAGGAAGCACGGUGGAGGUGACCUUAUCCUUAUCAGCAGUAUAGGAGGGUUCAAGGAAACGGCCGACCUCACGCCCUAUCUCGCCACCAAGCAUGGCGUCAUUGGAGUGAUGCGAGGGCUCCGCAUGACCUCUCUGAAGAACGAUAACGUCCGAGUAAACAUUAUUUGUCCCUGGACAACACAAUUAGGACUGCCGAUGAACGAACCCGAGGAUGUGGCAACCUCCAUGUUGAUCUGUGCUACAGCGGGUCGAAGUGACGGCGCAACCCACAACGGAGCUGCCAUGCCUUUCCAUGGAAAGAUCCUACUCGUAGCAGGAGGAAAGUCAUACGAGAUUAAAGACGCGUUACAAAGCCUAGAGCCUCAGUGGCUAGGAGAGAACAACAGCCGAGCCGUUGCGAUGGGCCAGGACUUUCUGCACAAUGGAAAGACGUCUUAG